CUUCGCGCUGGUGACCAGCUGCGCCGCCGGCUUCGCGGCCGAAGAACUCGUCAAACGUAUCACCGGAAAAGAUGACCUUACUGUGGGUGCAACUACAAGUGGAAGAGUGAAUUUUUACCCCUGGACAAUAGAUAAUAAAUAUUAUUCUGCAGAUAUUCACCUCUGUGUAGUACCAAACACAUUUCUUGUUACUGGAGAUAUUGCUGAAUCCGUGCAAGCAUUUGUUGUGUACUUCGACAGCACAAUAAAAUCUGGACUUGAUAGUGUCUCUGAAUGGCUUCCUCUGACAGAAGAGUGGUUACCAGAAGUCAUGAUCCUGGUUUGUAAUAGAGUAUCUGAAAAUGGUGUUAACAGACAGAAAGCUCAAGAAUGGUGCAUCAAGCAUGGCUUUGAACUGGUAGAACUUAGCCCUGAGGAACUGCCUGAUGACGAUGAUGAUUUUCCGGAGUCCACUGGAGUGAAACGAAUUGUACAAGCCUUGAACGCCAAUGUGUGGUCCAACGUAGUCAUGAAGAGCGACAGGACCCAGGGCUUUGGUCUUCUCAGUACAUUAGCAGGUGCGAACUGUAGCAUUGGGUCAGAAGAGAACCAAGAUACAGAAUCCAAUCCAUCACCAGCAGACAGAGAAGAAUCCCAUGUAGACAACAGAGAAGAUGGAGCUAGCACAAACAGCAUACAGAAUGACAACAUUGUAGAUAAAGCUGCAACGUUGCCUCAUGAACAAAGAAAACUACACGCGGAAAAGGUGGCCAAAGCAUUCUGGAUGGCAAUUGGAGGGGACAGAGAUGAAAUUGAAGGUCUCUCCUCGGAUGAAGAAAACUAAGUUCUUCUGUAGCUGUAAGCGACAGAGCAAUCCUGAAAGAGUGGUCUUUUCCUGCAAUGAGUGUUUAUUGUGAAAAGCCCCAUUUAACUUCAGCUUUCUUUGGUUAAAGGAUUCUCCAUAUCAUUGUAGUAAGUAACACAUUCCACCACACCUAAUGGUUAGAGUGGUUUUGUCUGACUGUUCAUUUAUUCUCUCAAAGAAUUUUGGAAGGCGACGCAUGCAGUUAGAGGAAAUAAUAAUUAGUUUACAUUUUUCAAAUUAACAUUGUUAUUGUUUCCUCUUUUGAGUUUAAAUAAACAAAUUUACUACCAGUUAUCUUUCUACAUAUGGCUGGUGGUUAUUAAGUGACUACUUAAUUCUAAACUCAACAUUUUAGACGUAGGCCUGUUUGAUGUUUUUAUGUAGCUUUAUAGCUGACUUACUAGUUAAAACAAACCAGGUUUAUAUGAGCCAUGAAGAGAAAGUUGCUGAAUUGUGCCCUGUUGUGGGAUGCUAUGCCAAGGCUGCAAGGUUAAUCCUGCUGAGUGCCAAAGCUAUUAAAAAUGGCCCACAGGCUUUGAAUUCUGUUUGCAUGUGUAAGUAUGUGGUCCUUCCCUGGAAAGUCAGGUGUUGUGCCACACUCCCUGGGUUUCCAUUAGAAAUAAAAUUUGGGAUUAAAUGCAAGACAGAUUUUUGCUGAUGUUCCAGGGGUGAAGUUCCCUGCCCAAACCUUCUGCAAUGCUUGGCCGCCAAGGCCUAGCAGAAUGCACAGACCUUCUGCUGGUCAAUUCUGUCCUAAACACCUAAAGAGAAAAACCUAUAAUUUAAAAACCUCAUGCUGCCACCUGACACAUUUAUUACAGACUUACGCUCCUGUAUGUUCAUUAGAAGGCCCCAGAGUACAAGUCUCAAAUUGCAGAUUCAUGGCAUCAAGGGUUAGAAAAAAUUCCUACGUCCUUAGAUUUAGUAUAUCGUCAUCAUCUGCACAGUCAUAGACUCACUGGAGAGUAUAAACGUGCAAGGCACUAGGAAGACAAGAAGGAGGGCGCAGGCUGGCGAUGGAGGGAGAGGAGAAAAGGUAAAAGCUAUCCUAUCUCCUUUUCUAGUGCAGUCAACUGUCAGACACAGUCAGCAGCUGAGUGGAGAGAGGUAGCCAACAGAUGCCCUGCUGAAGAAUCAGGCCUUCCUUAGUGCUUGUCUGGCAUACCCUAUGAAACGGCAUGUAUUUGCCCCAAGAGCAUUUCCUUAUCAAUCUGAAAAUAUGCCAUGUUAGGCAAUUGUACUUAGAAAUUUUGAAAUUAACUUUUCCAAUGUCUGUUUUUUCAUGUCAGUAAAUUUCGUGAGUCUUGAGACAGUGGCUUUCCAUAAAUUAUUUGACGGCUUUAAAUUUUGAAAGCACUUUCACAGUGGUUCUUGACAUACAUUGCUGCCUCUUUAAAGAUUAAGCAAAGGUAAAAUAAUAGGCUUCUUGGAAUGCUGUAAAUAAUUUCCUGGGUAAAAACUGCAGCGUCUUCAAUUCUUAAGAAACAGAACUGAAGCUCUGUUAGUUGUUUGAAAAGCAUUUCUCAUACAAAGACUGAGCAGUAGCUCCACCACAGUAAAAUACCUAUUUUUAGGACAAAAAUGUUCCUUUUACAGGGAUACAUGUACAGACAUUCAAGGAAACACACCUACCAGGGCCACCUCUUGCAAACUGAACGACACAAAACAGCUGCUGGUCCUUGCUGUGACUUUGCCAUCUCCUCCCGUUCUCUCCUUCUUUUUCCCCAGCACAGAGAGCUGUAACAGAACUGAAGGUGGUUCCUUCCAAGUAGGGGAUGGUUUUCCAUGUUUGCUUCUGGGUAGCUGAAGGCUUUUUUUUUCCUUUCUACAUAUUUGUUGUGCAAUAGUGAUAAAUGCCAAAAGCGCAGAGUAAAUUAAUUGAAGGCAGUGAAGAAAAUAAUGCACUUGAAUGCUUUAUAAAACUGAUUCUUUAGACGUGAUAUACAUGUGACAGUUUAUUUAGAUUUAAUAAAAUUAUACAAAUCAAAAUCAAGUUCUUUGCUGCCUUUUUACAAAGUGGCAGCAGCUAAAUUCCCGUAAAUGACGCCUUAUCCCAAGAAUCAGAAUUACACAU